UCCAAACUUCUUCAUCACCAAAACAAAACACAACUUAAAACCCUCUAAUCCUCUCAUCACAAAACAUCAUUAGGAUGAAAACAUCCCAUGUUUCGAGUUUAUCCUGCGAGUUGAAAAUCAUAGGAGCCAAGAACAUCGAUACUCAACACUACUCUUCCGGGAGUUUCUUUGUAAGAUGCUAUCUUUCCGCCGGAAACGGCCAGAAGGCCGAGCUGAACAGCCGGGAAAUCCCGCCGUCCGGCGACCUGUCUUGGAACGAGUCUUUCUCCUUGGACUGCCUGGGCUCCGAGGAAAACAUCAGCCUCUUAAAACUCGCCGGAGAUGUCGUGUUUGAGCUCCGGUGGAGGCGCAGGAGGUUUCCGGCCGGCUCAAAACUAGUGGGCAGAGCUCAGAUUCCAUGGAAACUCUGCUUUGAAGCCCCAAAUAUGGAAAUUGAGAAAUGGGUUUUCGUGGAUUCGAAGAAAGGAAGCUCCGAUAAGCCGCCGGCUUUGCAGAUCGCCAUGAAAGUUAAGGCGGAGGAGAGGAGGAGGAGAAGAAGGUGGGGCCAUGAUGAUGAGUGUGAGUGUGGUUGCAUGGACGGUGGAGAUCAUGGCUGCGCUGAUUAUGAAAUUUUUGCACUUGGAGCUGCUUUAGAAGCCUUUUAAUUAGGAGAAAUUAAUUAACUCACAAAAAACAAGUUUAAGAUUAACCUUCUUUAGUUAUUAUAUUGCUUGAUUUGUAUUGAAUGUUUUGUCAACUUUUUGUAGUUUCAAAUAUUGUUGUGAAUAUAUAUAGAUAAGAGAAACACAAUGAAUUCUCUCAUCUUUACUUUGCCCAACUUUAA